GCCCGGCCCUGUCCACUCAACGAGACCCAUGUGGCUCACUGAUUUGGCAAAAGGGUCGGAGGACUUCCGCCCUUCUUCCUUCCCGCACUUGCCUAAGUUAUUACGGCAUCCAUCAAUCAUUCACCGAAAUUGCUGCGAGAAAAAAUUCAUUCGCCACCCUCGGACCACACUCGACAAUCGCCUGAAUCGCAACACCUGUGCAGCCUACGUGCGUGUGCAAACUGUUUAUCCUUUUUUGGCGGACAGUCGUGGUCAGGAAGAAAGCUUUUCGGCAAGUUUUUUAACAGUGUGUUGAAUCCCACAAGAGAGAUUUUCUUGCAUUCGUGGAUCUAGGUUGGAUGUCGGGGUUGGGGUUUCGACGUUGCGGAGGAUAAUUCGAAGGAAAUCAUGGCGAAGGCGGCACGAGUUGGGGGAAAUCGUCGUAGUGGUGUUGUUUGAGUUUGAGGAGAAAUGGAGAUUGUGGUGAGUGGGGAGAGGUUGUGGAUUGAGGGAGGGAAACGGAUCGCGACGAUGUCGUGGAGGGAAUAGGGGAAUAAAUGAUUUGAGGCGGUGUGGAGAGUGCGGUUCGCAGGAGGACUGUGAAGCUAUCGGAGCGAGUCAGAUAGAAAUUCUGAGGUUUGGGAGGUUUUAGUGAGUGUGUGCGGCAUCACACUGCCAUGGCUGGCGACGAGAGGACCGUGGAGCAACUUCCAGGGUCGUAUCAGUUAGCUACCAUGGCAGCCGCGGUCGAUAUUGAAGAAGAUGACACACCUUGGAAUGCUCAAAAGCAGAGGGCAUCCGAUUCUGGUCAGGAGAGGCUGCCGUCGCAGGACCGUGAGAAUGGGGUGGAGCGGUGGGAUGAGACGCUGUGGAGUGCAAAGGGAGAGGCUAAUCAAUUAGGGUGGUUCAAACUGGCGAUGGUCUCCAUGGUGGCAGCCGGUGUGCAAUUUGGUUGGGCACUGCAGCUGUCUUUGCUCACGCCAUACAUUCAAAUGCUUGGUAUCGAGCAUGCGUUCUCCUCGUUUAUCUGGCUGUGCGGACCAAUUACGGGGCUGGUCGUGCAGCCGUGCAUUGGCAUUUGGAGCGACCAAUGUACAUCCAAGUGGGGGAGGAGACGGCCUUUCAUCGGUAUAGGAGUCUUGCUGAUCAUGUUCUCGGUGCUGGUUAUUGGCUUUGCUGCAGAUUUAGGGUACCUUCUCGGGGACACCCACGAGGAUUGCCAAGUUUAUAAGGGCGUGCGUCCCAGAGCUGCAUUUGUGUUUAUAGUAGGGUUCUGGCUGCUGGAUCUUGCAAACAACACGGUGCAAGGUCCUGCGCGUGCGCUGUUAGCAGACCUUGCAAGUUCCGAUCAAAGAGAUGCAGCGAAUGCUAUUUUUUGUUUGUGGAUGGCUCUCGGUAACAUUCUCGGGUUUUCAACUGGAGCGUACGGACAUUGGCAUGAUGUCUUUCCCGCACUCACCAGUAAAGCGUGUUGCGCUCCCUGCGCGAACCUCAAGGCAGCGUUUCUUAUGGCAAUCGUGUUUCUAGCCAUCUGCACCAUUGUGACGAUGGUUGCUGCCAAAGAGACUCCACUUGGUGUAGUAAUUAGAGAACAGCAACUGGCAGAAAGGGGGACAGAAAUUGUGGAUCGUGAGGUCGAAAAUAAGCUAGAACAUGAAGAUUCUGCACCUUUUUUAUUGAGCAAGCAUGACAAUGGUUUGCAUGACAUGACAUUGGUUUCGGUCGAUUUGGAUCGACCAGAUGGUUAUGCAUCUGAUGAGGGGGAUGAUCGCAACCUCCGUGUUGCGACUGAUCAGGAUCAGCGCUUUCCCAAGGAACGAGUUUCAAGUGAGGAAGGCAUCGGCAAAGGAUUAGGUUCUAUAAUGGUGAAUCUUCUCCUAGGCGUCCGAAAGCUACCAGGAUCCAUGCGGUUUGUGCUUGUAGUGAUGGCGCUGUGCUGGCUAUCAUGGUUCCCUUUCUUUCUAUUUGACACAGAUUGGAUGGGACGUGAGGUAUAUGAAGGAGAUCCUACCGGCACCGCGGAUGAAGUAGCAGCUUAUCAACGCGGUGUUCAGGAAGGAGCCUUUGGCCUACUCUUGAACUCAGUAGUGUUAGGAAUCAGCUCCCUGUUCAUCGACUUCUUAUGCCAGCAAAUAGGAUCCAGAAACCUGUGGGCACUAGGCAACUUCACAGUUUUUGCUGCGAUGGCAUGCACGGGACUUAUCACGACGAGUGUCUCAACUCCAGAAGGGCCCAAGCACCAUCUAUGGAACAGAAUAGCAGCUGUAAUUUUAUUUACAGUGCUUGGAUUUCCUCUGGCAGUAACAUACAGCGUCCCAUACUCUCUCACAGCUGAGCUCACGGCAGACUCAGGUGGAGGGCAGGGACUGGCUAUGGGGAUCCUCAACCUUGCUGUGGUGAUUCCACAGACCAUUGUAGCGUUAGGGGCCGGACCAUGGGAUGCGUUGUUUGGCGGUGGUAACGAGCCUGCGUUUGCGUUCGCUUCUCUGUCUGCAUUGGGGGCAGGAGUUAUAGCGGUGUGGAAGCUACCAAGAUUAUCGAGGCACGGGUAUCACCGGGGAACCCUGAUGCACGGUCCCCACUAAUCUAGUUUUCGAGUUGUACCUUCCAUUGAAAUUUUUGCAGCAUCAUUGUACCAUUUUUAGUUUAAUAAAUUAUACCGCGCCCUCUAACGUGUCUCUUGAACAGAA